AUGGGCUUCCUCUGCCCUUUAGAUGACAAGGUGCCAUACUGGAAUCGCACACAAGGAGCUGACCACUUCUUUGUUGUGCCUCGAAGAAAAGGCAAUAGGAAGAGGAAUACUAAACUUGCUUUAACGGGAUUGUUUUAUGACGUCGGAAAUGACCCUGAGGACUGGUUACUAUGCGAGGUUGAUGCCUUACAGAAGAUUCAUGAUGAGUCUCUGGCCGAGCUUAAGUUUAUACAUGCAAGCAAAGAUGAAGAAAUGCGAUACACUAUCAGUGGUUUUGUUACUGACCAGGAAAAUGUCCGCAGAAGCUUGAGAGAAAGAAGCUGGGAUGAGCUGUUUUUUCAAGAGGGAAUGCUGAGUGAAGUGGAACUGAAUAUGAUAACUAAGACUAUCUGGUAA